AUGGUCGUCAGAAUCCGUCUGUCCCGCUUCGGGCCCCGCCAUUCGCCGUUUUACAACAUUGUUGUCGCGCAGGCGAGGUCAGCGCGAGACUCUAAGCCCCUCGAAGUGGUCGGAACGUACAAUCCUAUCCCGCAGAAGCCAACAAAUCUGUCCGAGGAAGAAGCGCGCGUGGCCAAGCCUUUCAAGGAAAUCUCUAUUGAUCGAUCGCGGAUUAAGUACUGGCUGGGUGUAGGCGCGCAACCGACGGAUGGCGUAUGGCGGUUGUUGAGCAUGGUCGGACUUUUCGAACCCAAACCGAACAAAUAUGCCGAGAAGAACUAG